CGGAAGCGGGAACAGAUCGAUGAUGGAACGUGUGUCGAGCGAAUCGUUUCGAAAGAAGUAUUAUUCGCACAUACGGUUGAAAAGACUGAAAAGUAAAAUGGAAAAAAAUCACGAGACGAAGAAGGGUUGAUAACCCCUGACGCCUGUUGCUAGGCAAGGCAUCGAACGAUGCAUCGCUGGAUGGUGCAACAAGACGCGGAGAGAUUUCAAUUGAAAUCGAACUCUGAUUCGAACUCGUUCCCAUUGCACUGUAAUCGUUCUUCUACCGCGUGAUUACUCGCACGUCGUUUCUCCGACAAUGAGAACGAUUCGUGGACGCUCGUCCAUAUUCGUCAAUAUUCGCCACUGGUCGACACGGGAGAGGGGAGAUAGGGGCGGCCUUACGUAACGUCGCCGCACCUGCGUUCAAUGCCGCUACGAUAUUUUCUGCGAACGGAAAUACACGAGACUCGACGAAUGUAGGUCAACUUUGUGUUUUCGUCGUUACGAUAUUUACGAAACGUAACGAGAACAAACGUCGAGAAAACGGAUGAAAAAGAAUUGAUUCUUUUUUUUUUCUUUUCUUUUCUUCUCGAAACUGUGGCCCGCAUUGCGUUUCGGGAAAAAGAAAGCAUCGUAUUAUUACGAAACGUGUUGACCGAUUUCGUCAUCGACACUCGCGUGAUGAUUGCUUCGCGUCGUUUCUUCGAUUUAUCUCUGUACAAGCGAGGACGUGGCACGAGUCGCCGGGGAACAGUGGAUCUCGAAGGUGUUCGGACGACUGACCACCGACGAGGAACGAGUUCGAACUGUUUUCACCGACGGAAAGAUAAAGGGCGCUGUGCUGGAAACGUUGAAUCGCACGGAGAUCCUUUAUCGUGACAAAGAUGCAAUGGCGUCUAGAGCGAGAAGACUCGAAGGAUUCGAAGCUUUGGCAGCGGAGGAAAGGAGGAAGGCGUUGUUGCUGUUCAGUCAAGCUAUUCUUCGAGCUCCCCUUCCAGGGAAAUGCAAGACAGUCGAUCGAGGAUUAGGAUUGCCACUUGCGUUCCUAGCUAGAGCCGAAGCUUUUCUCACGUGGAACGAAUACCGGUUCGCCCUGGAAGAUUUGACUUUUGUCGAAGAGAUGAAUCAUCUUCUGCCAAACGAGUUAAGAACAAUGUUGGCUCGGAAGAAAGAAACAUGCGAGAAAUUCUUACGUGCAAAUGAGAAAAGCCUAGUAUCUAUAGAACAGGUGUCGGAUCGAAGAAAUGGAGCACUGGUUGCCACCGAGGAGAAAUAUGUAUUAAAAGGUGGUGAAAAUCCUCGCCUGCCAGGAGCCUCGACUUUCCUCGACGUUGAAGAAACGGUGAAUGCUGGCAAACGAGUGAUCGCGGCCAAGAAUAUCGAACCUGGGAAUCGAUUGAUCAUUGAAUCGCCGCACGCGGCUAUUCUGCUUCCAGAAUUCUUCGGUACCCAUUGCCAGCACUGCUUUUCAAGAUUCAAAGCUCCAAUAGGAUGUCCGGAUUGCAGCAGCGUGGCGUUCUGUGGAAGAAAGUGCAGGGAUACAGCUUUGGCCAGCUACCACAAAUACGAGUGCAAAAUUCUGGUCCUGUUGAUAGGCUCGGGGAUGAGCGUUUUGAGCAUGCUCGCCUUGCGAAUGGCGACUCAAGUCGGUCCAGCCGGCUGCCUCCGCAUCCACCGAGCAUUAAAUCGUCAAGAUUCUGCGGCGGACGGGGAGGAAAUUGCAGAAUCAUCGACGAUAACAACAACGGCGGAGAAACUGAGCAAAUCGGCGAAGCGUCGUUCGAGAAGGAAGAAACUGCGCGACUCGAGGCGGGCAAAGGGGGAGGAAACGGUGGAGGAGGAACGUCGGGAAAUAAAGGGAGAGGAAGGGGAGGAUGGGGAGAAAAUGGCGGAAAAUGUGGAUCUGCGAGUAUACGAUCUCGUAACGCAUGAGAAACGAAGGACGGCCAAGGACUUUUUCGAAAGGUCGUUGAUGGCAGCGUUCCUUUUCAAGUGCUUACAGAAGGUUGGAUUCUUCGAUAAUCCUUCGAGCAACGAAGAGACGCCCAACGAUCGAGAGAUCGCAGUGGCUAGUCUGCUGCUGAAACAUCUUCAGUUGUUGCAAUUCAACGCACACGAAGUAUUCGAGACGCGACUUGGAAUGGAGCACCGGUUUCGUGGUAGCAAACCUAUCUAUAUAGGAGUAGCCAUUUAUCCGACAGUUGCCCGAUUCAAUCACGAUUGUUAUCCGGCGGUAACCAGAUAUUUUCUCGGCCGUUGUAUCGUGAUUCGAGCAAUUCGCAGUCUCCGACCAGGAGACGUAGUCGCUGAAAAUUACGGGCCCAUAUUCACAAAACGAAACUUGGAGGAGAGACGAAGAAAUCUGGCUGGAAGAUAUUGGUUUUUCUGCGAAUGCAAUGCCUGUCGUGAAAACUGGCCAUGCUUGGAAAUUAUGACAAACGAUGAUGUUAGACUGAGAUGUCCAACCAAAGGGUGCUCAAACAUUCACCAACGUCCACGAAAUUCCAGCAAAUCCAUCUUCGAAUGCUCCUCUUGUCGACGAAAAAUUGACUUGAGAAAACCGUUGGACCACGUGCGCGAAUGCGAACAACUAUACGCUCGAGGAUUUGAAGCAAUGGAAAAAGAACAACCCGAGAAGGCACUGGAGGCAUUCUUCGAAGCGACGAGCAAAUUUCACAAAAUUGCUAUGCCGCCUCACAAAGAUACUCACUUGGCUGAAAUUGCAGCGAGCGCGUGUAUGGCGGACGAAGGGAACGUUUACCGACUCGAUUCUUUCCUUUGAUCUCUCGUUUCGCGCGAAUUUGCUACCAUCUACUUGACUAACAACGAAACAGGAAUUGAAGAAAUGAAACUAACAGGAGUAGAAAAACAAAAAAAAAUGGUGAUUAUUUUACCUUCAUCGUAGUUUGAUCGUUUGAGCAACAUUUAUCUCGAUAAAUAAUGAUGAUUAAAAUAAAAAGAUAUUUCAAAGAA